AAAAAGCAGAAAACCGAAGCGGGGAGUCCAAAAAUUUUAUAAAUCAAUUCUUGUCUAUGCCCCGAGCUGGCAAUUGGCAUAUUCAACUAAUUUGUAUAUACAGUGUACAUAGAGAUGAGCACACAAACUCGUUCAGGCGGCGGUGGCGGAGGAGGCGGCAGCAGUCGUAGCCAGAAAAAGUCAAAUUCCGCCAAUGUUGGCGGGGGCACGGCCCACGAUGCAGCCCCACAUGCAGCAGCGAACAAGAAAGGCGACGCUAAUAAGACAGAUAAACCAGAGAAGGCCCAGCCCAAGGCCACCACGGAACAGUUGCGCAUCGCCCAGAUUACCAACAGCACCACAGAGGAUCCACAGAUCAACGAAAAGGGUACCCUCUUACUGACCAUGACUCAACGUUCCGAGGAGGAGGUGUGUUGCGCCCUCAACGAGUGCGACUACGACUUGGAAGCAGCAGCCAACUUCUUGAUCGAGGUGCUCCCUCAGGGCGCCUUUGCCAAGUACGAGAAGAAGCGGAAGAGGCCUGCAAGCACUGCUGUCGAUGGUGCCGCUGGCGAUGGUGAGUGGGCCGAUGGCAAUUCCAAUGCGGACAAGCGCGAAAAUACACGGAACCGCAGCUCGAACCGCGGUGGCGGACGCGGCGGCACUGACAGCCGUGGAUGGCGCGGCAGAGAGACCCGCGAGAACGAGCGCAAUACUCGCCAAUCUCACGGCGGCGGUGGGGAACGCGGCGGCGAACGUGGUGAUGACCGGGCAAACGACAACUAUCGCGGCCAGCGCAACGGCGGACGAAGUGCGCCCGGAGGCGGUGGUGGACGCGGCGGCGGCUUCGUUUCACGCUCUGGACGCGGAGGAGGUCGCAUGGGAGGUCGUAGCAGUGGCCCACGCGGAGAUCGCACCAGUGGCAGCGGUGGCUUUGGAGCAGGACGCAGUAGUAAUGCCAACGAGGACAACGAGGUGGAGCUCUGGGACAACACCAUUGCGCAGAAUGCUGAGAAACAGCAGCUUGGCCCCGACGAUUCCUGGGGCGACUGGAACAACGAGGAGUACGAGGGCUCCCUCAAGGACAGCAAAGUGUUCACCACCAGCAAUCUGUCCACACAGACGGCCGCCACCGUGGUCAGCGGAGGAGGUGCCGGUGCAGCAACAAGUACUGGAUCUGGGGGCGAGCUUUCGGCCCCGCCAGGACUGGAGCAUCAUCUGGGCAGCAGUGCCCUGGGCCAACAAGGAUCUCAUCUGGGUGCUCUGGUAUCGUCGGUCGCAGUGGGAACAAGUGGCGAGGACAACAGUGGUAGCAGUGGGCCGCCGGCAACACCGCCGUCAGCGCUGUCGGGCUCGGCCACCACGCCGCUCCUCCAGUACAGCGCCGCGGUCAGCAAUCCACCGCCCCAGAUGCAGUCGCAGGGCACGCAGCACAGCAGCGGCGCAGGCACUGCCGCUGGUGGUGGGGGCAGCGCUUCAUCAUCCUUCGUAUCCGCCGCAUCAGACACAUUCACAAGCGCCGCCUCGGCAGCAGCCACGUUAGUGCAGCAGGCCCAGCAGCAGCAACAGCUUCAGCAGAAGACUCCCAUAAAGCCGUCGGCUACCCUUUCGGUGGAGCAAUCUCAGUAUUUCAACUCCCUGGCCAGCCAGGGCGUCAGUCCCGGAUCCACUGCCGUGCAGCCAACGCCAGCUGGAUAUGCCCCAAGCUCUGCCACCGCCUACUCCCAGACGAGUACGAGCGUGGGUGGCGGUGGGGGCGUGGUUGGCAGCCAGUACCCCAGCACGUAUGCGAAUGUGUUUGGCUCGACAGCUGGUGAUCAAUCGCAGCAGCAGACGCAGGUGAGGAGGGCACGCGUCAAGCUGCCGCCUCCCUCGAAGAUCCCGGCGACCGCGGUGGAGAUGCCCGGCGACAAUGCCCUGAACAAAAUUGGCUACCUGGAUGUGCAAUUCGGUGCUCUGGACUUUGGCACGGACGGCAGCUUCGACUCCAUGCCAGAGAAUUUCAACGCGAGCGUCGAGCAGCAGCAGCAGGACGACUAUCAGAACAAGUCUCAGCAGCAGCAGCAGUCGACUCUGACAGCGGGCCUGCAAAGUUCUCAAAUUGGUGAUGCCUUAAGUGCUGCCGGCUAUGCGGCCCGUUCAACGACGCAGCAACAGCAGCAGAUUGCUAACUCGACUGUCGCCAGCAAUGCCCUGGAUCAACUGACCAAGAACGAUCCGUACGGGCAGGCAAGCAAUGCGGGCAGUGCCUAUCAGAAUGCGUACCAGAGCAGUGCGGCCAGUAAGGCGAACAGUGCCUACCAGACGUCGGCGCAGGGGGGCUACGGCAGCUCCAGCUAUGCGAAUGUCCAGUCGUCGGUGGCGAACAGCUACCAGCAGCAGGGGUAUGGCUCGUACCAGCCAAGUCUCAACUCCUACCAGCAGCAGCAGACUGGCGCCGGGACGCAGCCUUCCGUGGGUGGUGGUGUGCCCGGAAGUGGGUCAGCGUCAACGCAAAACAUUCCGGUCGGCGGAAGUGCCAGCCAGAACAGCUCCAGCGGUAAUGCCAGCUCCGCGUAUCUCACAUCGGGAUACUCGACGCCACAAAGCGCUUACCAGUCCAGCCAGAGUGUCUAUGGCAACAGUAGCGGGUUUGCUGGCAGCGCGAACAACGCGUCUUCGCAGUACGCUAGCUUUGGUGCCAGCGCCAAGCUCAAGGAUGCCUCUACAGCCAGUGGCGCCGCGCAGUACGACAGUGUGUCGACGAGCAGCGGCGUGAGUAGCAGCAGCGGCAGCACGGGCAACGGAGCGGCAGGAGCCGUGAGUGGGCAGCCAGGGGUUAACCAGGCGUCUGUGUCGAACAAUAACAAUGUGAGCGGCAGCAGCUCCAACAGCAACGUGACGGCGGCCGUGACCAGCGGCAAUGUGGCUGGAGGAGGCGUUAGCCAGAGCGGCGUAAGUAGCGGCGGCGUGGGCGUGGCCGGUGGCAGCGGUAGUGCGUCCAGCGUCGGUGUGAAUGUGAACAACAACAAUGCCGGCUCGGUGGGAGGAGCGGCGGUCGCUGCCCAAACAGCUGCCGGCACCGCAGCAGUGCUGGCCUCGCUGACCAACAGCAGCAGUAGCAGCAGCGGCAGCGGCGUUGGCGGUGGCGCCACAACAGCUGGUGGCGUCGGAGGCGCAAGCACCGGCAGUGGCGGCGGCGCUGGUUCUGGUGCUGGUAGUGGUGGUGGCGGUGGCAGCGGCAGCGGCUUGGUGUCCACCAACAUCCAAAUGGUUAGUCAAUAUAUUCAGACUGGAUUGCCAUACUAUCAGCAACCAGUUUAUUCCUACGAGGAAUUACAAAUGAUGCAACAGAGAGUGCCACAUGUGCAGGGAUAUUACGAUCUGAACUACACGCCAACCAGCCUGUGAGCGGGACGCGACAAUCUCGGAUCUGUGGCG